UGGGGGAGGGGAGGAGGAGAGCGGGCGCUGCCGCGCCGUCACAUGACUUCCGGGCCGGCGCCGCGUUCCGCCAUCGCGGCGGGGCGGCGGUGGCGUGAGGGGACUGGGCCGGGCCGGGGCGGCACCUCCCGACCCGACCCGGCCGGGACUCCGUCGCUGCCGGCCGCCCGGGGAGGCGGCUCGUCGGAGCAGGAGGGAGCUCCUUCUCCGGGGGCGAGGGAGAUCUGCAGGCCGCCCGGCCUGCCCGCGGGUGGUGCGUCGUGGCCGGUCGCCGCCGCCACCGCCAUGGAUCCGUUUCUGACGCUGCUGCACUCGUUUUCCUCGAGCCUGUCCGAAAGCGAGCUCUCCGACCUGAAGUUCCUGUGCCAGGACAAAAUCGGCAAGAGGAAGCUGGAGUCCGUGCGGAGCGGCCGGGAGCUCUUCAGCCUGCUCCUCGAGCAGCGGGCCAUCGCCAGCGACAACGUCGGCUUUCUGGAGACCAUGCUGAGGACCAUCAAGCGGGAGGACCUGAUGGUGCGGCUGCAGCAGUUCGUGGAGGGAGGGGAAGUCAACGCUGCCGAGCUGCCAGACGCGAAUGAAAAACGUUUGCAGAAAGCAGCUAUUGAAGUCAUAUGUGAAAACGUUGGGAGAGACUGGAAAAUGCUGAUGCGAAGUCUUGCCUUUCCUGAAGUGAAAAUAGAGAGAAUUGUGACAGCCCAUCCAUUUAACUUGUAUGAACAAUUGAUUCAGUCACUUCAAGAAUGGCAGAAGUGGAAGGGAAAAGAUGCGAAGGUGGCUGACUUAAUAAAAGGUCUUCGGGAUUGUAGUAUGAAUCUGGUGGCAGACAGAGUCGAACAGAAACUCUUGCAAAUGAACACUGAAAACAAGUGAAAUCAGUAUGAAAACAUUUUCAUGUCACAUGGAUAUGAAUGAAUAAAACAGAAGUGCCUUCUAUUCUUCUGAA